AUGCACAAUUCCCUCUGGGACACCACGACCAUUUCCUACCCAGGAUGUGCUGCACAAUUGUUUUUGCUUCUCCUCUUCAUGGGAGCAGAGUAUUUCCUCCUGACCAUCAUGUGCUACGACCGCUACGUGUCCAUCUGCAAACCCCUGCACUACGGGAUCCUCAAGCUCUCCUGCUCCAAAUAUCACUUCAGGGAAUAUGGGCUCAUUGCAGUUAGUGCCUGUUUGCUAUUUGGUUGUUUUGUGUUCAUUGUUUUCUCCUAUGUGCAGAUCUUCAGGGCUGUUCUGAGGAUCCCCUCUGAGCAUGGACGGCAUAAAGUCUUUUCCACCUGCCUCCCUCACCUGGCCGUGAUCUCCCUGUUUGUCAUCACCAGCCCAAUUCACCACCUGAUGCCUCCCUUCAUCUCCUCCCAGUCCCUGGACCUGGCCCUGUCACUUCUGUAUUCGCUGGUGCCUCCAGCCUUGAACCCCCUCAUCUACAGCCUGAGGAACCAGGAGCUCAAGACUGAAGUGAGGAGACUGAUGACAGGAUGCUUUCAGAAACAUUAAA